AUGUAACACGCAUUUUCAUUAUUGUUUUUAUAGAUGAUUUCUCUUUUGUCCCUAUAUAAAUCUCCCAAGUGUUCUUUCUCUUGGGACAGUUCUCCUUCUCUCUUCUCUUUCUCCCUGUCUCUCUCCCUAGAACCAGGAAGCCAUUUUUUUUAAAAUACAUUGUCUGUGCCCGAAUCAAAUAUGGGGACUUUGCAAGUUCUAUGUUUGGGCAUUUUAUUCUUAUUACCAGCAUGUUCAAUCAGGGGAAAUGCUGAGUAUAUAAAAUAUAAGGACCCUAAACAGCCCGUUGGUGCUCGAAUAAAAGAUCUAAUGCAGCGGAUGACCCUUGCUGAAAAGAUUGGUCAAAUGACUCAAAUUGAGCGCAAAGUUGCAUCACCGCAAGUCAUGAAAGAUUACUUCAUAGGUAGCUUAUUGAGUGGUGGGGGAAGUGUGCCUGGUCCUCAGGCUUCAGCAGAGGCUUGGGUGAACAUGGUAAAUGAUUUCCAAAAGGGUUGUCUUUCGACGCGUUUAGGGAUUCCUAUGAUUUAUGGGAUUGAUGCUGUUCAUGGUCAUAAUAAUGUCUAUGGUGCUACUAUAUUCCCUCAUAAUAUUGGACUUGGUGCUACACGGGAUCCUGAUCUAGUGAAGAGAAUUGGUGCUGCAACGGCUCUUGAAGUCAGGGCAACAGGCAUCCCUUAUGCUUUUGCUCCAUGUAUUGCGGUUUGCAGAGAUCCAAGAUGGGGCCGGUGCUAUGAAAGCUACAGUGAAGAUCACAAGGUUGUCCGAGCCAUGACAGAAAUUAUACCUGGUUUACAAGGAGACGCUCCAAAAAAUUUUAGGGGUCCUUAUGUUGGUGGAAAAGACAAAGUUGUAGCUUGUGCCAAGCACUUUGUUGGUGAUGGGGGUACACACAACGGAAUCAAUGAGAAUAAUACUCUCGUUGAUCAGCGUGGACUCUUCAGUAUCCAUAUGCCUGCUUACUAUGACUCAAUUGCUAAGGGUGUCUCCACUGUCAUGGUCUCUUACUCAAGCUGGAAUGGUGUCAAAAUGCAUGCCAAUAGGAAUUUGGUAACCGGUUUUCUUAAGAACAAACUUAAAUUUAGGGGAUUUGUGAUUUCAGAUUGGCAGGGAAUUGAUAGGAUCACUAGUCCACCUGGUGCAAACUACACUUAUUCUGUCCAAGCUGGAGUUAAUGCUGGUAUUGAUAUGAUAAUGGUUCCUAAUGACUACACUGAGUUCAUCAACGCGCUGACCACUCUCGUCAACAACAAAGUGGUUCCAAUGAGCAGAAUUGAUGAUGCUGUAAAAAGAAUUCUUCGUGUGAAAUUCGUCAUGGGUCUCUUUGAAAACCCUCUUGCUGAUCUUAGUUUGGCUAACGAGCUUGGUAAGAAGGAACACAGGGAGCUAGCUAGAGAAGCAGUGAGGAAAUCACUGGUGCUGCUGAAAAAUGGGAAACCUGGUAAUCAUCCAAUGCUGCCUCUACCUAAAAAAGCCCCAAAGAUUCUUGUUGCAGGAACUCAUGCCGAUAACUUGGGUUAUCAAUGUGGAGGUUGGACAAUAGAAUGGCAAGGAACCAGCGGAAAAAUGACAAUUGGAACCACGAUCCUCGAUGCCAUUAAAUCAACCGUCACCCCUUCAACCACUGUCGUCUACUCUCAGAACCCUGACGCCAACUUCAUCAAGAGCAGCAACUUCUCCCAUGCCAUUGUCGUAGUUGGAGAAACCCCGUACUCCGAGACCAAUGGAGACAGCCUCAACCUCACUAUCCCAGAGCCUGGACCGAGCACAAUCCAGACGGUCUGUGCUUCUGUCGAGUGUGUCGUUGUUGUAAUCUCUGGGAGGCCGGUCGUUAUGGAGCCGUACAUGAACUCCAUCGAUGCUCUUGUCGCUGCGUGGCUGCCAGGUUCAGAGGGCCAAGGGGUUACUGACGUGAUAUUUGGAGAUUACGGGUUCAGCGGGAAGCUGUCGAGGACUUGGUUUAGGAGAGCGGAUCAGUUGCCCAUGAAUGUUGGGGAUGGGCAUUAUGAUCCUUUGUUCCCAUUUGAGUUUGGGUUGACGACGAAGCCUAUCGUUUCGAUAAAUUAGAGGGGGGAGAGGUUGCUUCUUUUCUUGUUGUGCCUCCCCUUCUUCCUCUUCUUUCAUGGAUGUGUAGUACUAGAGAGGGACUGUGACGGUUUUUUUUUUUUUUUAGGUGUUGGAUUGAUGAAAGAACGUAGUCAUUUUGUUGUUAUCACCUCAA